GUCUGAACAUAUUGUGUCAUCAAAGGAGACUGCUCGCUCAUUAAAGUCUUGUCUCUCUUCCUCCACCUUUCUUCCCCCCUCGCUGUAUCCAGGUGAGCGGGAUCAAAGCAUCGAUGAGCCGGAAACGUGAGCAGCGCGUGUUAUUCAUGGUGGUGGUCAUGGUGGUCUGCUACCUCUUGUGCUGGCUGCCGUACGGCAUCAUGGCCCUGCUGGCCACCUUCGGGGUGCCGGGCCUGGUCACGCCCGAGGCGAGCAUCAUCCCCUCGGUCCUGGCAAAGACGAGCACGGUCAUCAACCCAGUCAUCUAUGUCUUCAUGAAUAAACAGUUUUAUAGAUGUUUCCAAGCCCUGCUGCAUUGUGAGACUCCUCGACGAGGCUCCAGCUUAAAGAGCUCCUCCAAGGUCGCCACCAAGGCCAUCAGAGGUGUGGCAGUCACCGGUCACCGUCGUUCCAACGACUUUCUAUAUAUGGUAGCCUCCCUGGGCCAACCGGCCAACACAGUGCCCCAGCUGGGUCCCUCCUUUGAACCCACCAUCAAUAUAACUAAAGGCCCUUCUUCAGACAUCAAACCUGUCGUGGUAUCACUAGUGGCCCACUUUGAUGGCUGACGACUGGGGACUUUUUCAUGGUUAUGGUCAAUGUCCCAAGCCAGGACAUCUUUAAUAAUGAGAGAUGUGGUGUUACUUAGGCUUACAGAGCAGCAGCACGCCGGUCCAGGUGGAUUUAACAUGGCUGUUGCAUCAGCUCAAGAUGAUGGACUGGUAACAAAGGGGAAUCGUUGACUGCCUCUGGACAACAUGAACAAAUAUCAGAGGCAGUAAACCUGCAGAAGCUGAGAGUCUGUGUUUCUCUGCAGUGAAAAGGUAUACAUCAGUCUUGCUAGGGAUGAGCAUUUUGAGGGAUUUUCUUGUGGUUUUUGGAGAAAGCUUUGCCAGACUGUUAUGAUAAUGGAAGAGGAAUUGUAGGGAUCAUUUAUUUAGUUAAAUAUCUAAUGGGUAAGGUAUUCACUCAUAAAAUGUUAUAGCAGAAAUAUGUUCACAGUACAGGAAGAUGGAUAUGAUGUAUUGAUUACUGUGGUUGUGGUUACAAAGUGAGGUUGAAGAACACAAGUUGUUUAUUACCCCAUGCAUUUUGAAGUCUUUCCUAGAACAGACAAGAUUAAAAAAUAAGGAGAAAAAAAAUCAAAAAUACAAAAAGUAGGCAGAUUACUGAGAAUGUACUGGUAAUAAUUUCAAACUAUCAGUCUUUUUUGCCUUUAUUCUGUGCCAGUAAAUUCAAUUUAAUUAAUUUCUUUGAAAUGCAUAAGUGGUUUUUAAUUAAGUGGUUUAAUAAGUGGUUUAUUGUACAUGUAGCAUUGCUAGCAUGCUAGCGGCAUUCACAUAUGUUUUCAGGGAUAGUGACUUCAAGGUCCCUGAAUAAUGUGCAUGUUGGAGAGUUACUGUUCCUUCACUGAAGACUGUGCAUGUGCACUGUACAGUUUAAUAUGCAAAUAAGGUUGGAGAAAUGCAAUAUCUUGUAAUGCCCAGUAGAUAGCACAGAUACAGGUAUUUGAUAUAGGCAAAAAUCCUGAAAAUGGAUGCCUCUCUGGGCUGAUUUCUUUAUGGUUUUUGAUUAGACAUUUACAUAUGUACAUACAGCUGUGAUUUGUUUUUUUCGCUGUCCUGAAUUUUGUUCAACCCAAAGUGUAGGGAGUCCCAUGAAUUUAAAAAGGAUUGAGGUCCCAGACCCUUUAAUGGGAGUGAUCUUCAAACAAUCAAACGAUCAGCAGUUCAGUGCCUUGCUCAUAGGUAUACGGGCAGCAGUGCAUGUGGAUGGGUAUGAGACUGUACUUCUAAUAUCUAGAUGGUUUGCUUUCACACUUUGAACAAUGAUCUCAAUGACUUUAUCUGAAGCAACAACAUCUGUUAGAUGGAAUAAGUUUGUUAUGUACAUAUUGUUUGCAGUGUGUUUGUCUGCAUCUCUUUAAAUUUCUUUGAUAACUGAUUUGACACCUUUUCCUUCUUGCAAUACAAAGAUAACUGUUGAGUCUCAGUGCAUCAGUGCUGUGAUGUCAGUGAAUGUCUAAGCUACAAGGGUUGUGGUAUUUUUGGCUACUGCAUAUGAUCAGUGUGUGCAAUUUUUUUAAUCACUUUUAGCACACAAACUGUUUUCUAUGUGCUGUCAAGAUCUUGUGUAUAUAUAUAAUGUGUGUACAAAAGUUGAUACCAAAGCUAAAGAAACGUUAAUAUUUUUUGAGACAUGCUGUUCAAAAUAAAGGUUGUUUU